UGGCCAGGAUGCCUGGUAUGCUCUUUAAAGCCUUCUUUUUCUGCCACGCAGGCUGCACACAGAGAAGUGGAGGUGACACUGCAGAAGAGAUUGGAUGAAGUAAGCGAUGAGCUUCGCAAAACCCAGAGCAGCUACAGGAGCCUGGUAGCAGAUGCAGAAAAAGCCAAAGGGCAGCAGCAGAGCAUUGCUGAACUGCAGGCCAAGCUGCUGAGCUCUGAAACAGAGGUCAAAAGCAAACUGCUGGAGCUGGACAGCUUGAAGGGGAAACUGCAGGAUGCCAGCUCAGAGAACACAAAGCUUCUGGAAAGAAUCAAAUCUAUCGAAGCUCUGCUGGAAGCAGGCCAGAUGAGGGAGGCAGAAAAAGACAGAGACCUGCAGGCAGCCAAUGAAGCAGAAAUGAAGCAGCUGCAGCUAAGGCUCCAGGAGAAAACAGACCAGCUCUUGUCCUUGGAAAGGGAAGCAGCAGAGCUGCGAGAGGCGAUGGAGCAACAGAAGACAAAAAACAAUGACCUUCGUGAGAAGAACUGGAAAGCAGUGGAAGCAUUGACCACGAUGGAGAAGACAUGUGAGGAAAAGCUACUUGCUGCUACAAAAGCAAAGGAGGAGUUGGCCCACCAGCUUGAUGCGCUCCAGACACGAACCAAAGAGACUCUGCUCUCUGCGCUCCCAGAAGUCACUGUGUCACAGCAGGAUUAUGAGGCAUGGCUACAAGAGUUUAAGGAGAAGGCUGUGGAUGUGCUAAAGCAGCACACAAUUACAACAGGGCCUGUGGAUUCAGCACUUAAACUGAAAGAGGCAGAGGAAGCGCAGAGCACUUUACAAGCAGAAUGCGAGCAGUACAGAGCUAUCCUUGCAGAGACAGAAGGAAUGCUGCGAAACCUGCAGAAGAGCGUGGAGGAGGAAGAGCAGGUGUGGAAAGCAAAGCUUACCCUCUCUGAAGAGGAACUCCAAAAGUCACAACUCCAGUUGAAAUCCCUUGAAGACAUGAUAGAGAAGUUGAAAACAGAGCUGCAGAGCACUGACCAGCAAAAGGAAUACAUCUCUCUCCUGGAAGCGCAACUGGAAAAUCACUUGCAGACAGCCAGCUCUGAACGCCAAAACUACACAAAAGAAGUUGAAGGCCUGAGACAGCUCUUAUCAGAGUCCCAAGAGCAGCUGGAGGCAGCAAAGACAGAAACGCAGAAGCAGAGCAAGGAGCUGACCCUGGUCAGGCAGCAGCUGAGUGAGAUGAAGAGCCACGUGCAGGAUGGAGAAGUAGCGGGGUCACAAGCUGACCUGGGCGAUCCCACGCCCUUUGAGUUGAAAAUGCAGCUAGAGAAGAAUGAGGCACUGAUGGAGAAGGAACAAGAGCUGAGGCAAAAGCUGGUGCGGGAGCUGGAGGAGGCACAAAGCUCAGCGUGCAGCUUGCAAGCAGAGCUGGAGAAGCUGAGACUGGCUGAAAACGCAGCAACUUCGGACACGGAGGAGGCCCAGCAUCUCAAGGAAAGACUUGAAAAAGAAAAAAAGCUAACAAGGGACUUGGGCCAGGCAGCAACCAAACUACAGGAGCUUCUGAAGGUUACCCAGGACCAACUGGCCAAAGAGAGAGAAACGGUGAAGAAGUUGAAAGAACAACUUCAUGAAAAGGGGGAAGAGGACAGUUCAAAGGAAGGGACUUCAGUUUGAUGAGUCUGUGACCUAGAACGUACCGUUCAACUUACCAAAAUGCCUUACACAUUCCUAAAACAAAAAUAUAUGCUGAAUUUAUUGUAGAUAAGAUACAAUACAAGCCAUUAGUGACCCAAAACCUAGUUUUGAAACUUAAGAAAAAAAAAAAAAAC